AAAUGAGAUGCCAAUUCUAUUGACAAAUAAUUGCAUGUUUUAUUUCAGAGCCACUCGUUAAUGUGGCAACAGUUGAUUAUGUAUUUGAGGGAGGUAUUUAUCGAGCGAAUUUACAUCUCUUUAAAUCUCCUUGCUUGCACAUAUAUAUAUAUAUGCACUAAAAGUUUCUAUUUAAUUCUGUUUUCCUCACUUUUGUAAUCUCGUUUUUCAAUUUUGUCAGAAAAAUAGGAAAAAAAAACGGUUAUCUAUAUUCAAUAUGAUCAGUACUACAGCUUCUAUUAACUCUUUACAAUCGACCAUCAUGCAGGUGUUACUGUUCAUCCUUUGUCUAGCACUUCCGACUUUUGCUAGCCGUAGUCACUUCAAGAGAGGGAAAUUUGACGUUAUACGUAUUGAGUAUGUCCUCGAUAUUCAAUCAUGGGGUGUUGUUGAAUGUACACUAUACAAACCACUUACAUCUGCAGAAAUUAAGAGAGUUGAUACUUUGCAGUGCUUGAAUCUGCCCGUAAUGACAACAGAAGAACAGAUAGAAAAUUAUUGUGGAGUGGAGCAUAACGACAUCAUUGAAGGGUGCUAUGAUAUUGAGUCGAUCUGUAACCAUGAUUUAAACGGUAAAAUUACAGCGGCAAGUGAAAAUUGCAGAAAAGAGCUUCUUCAUUAAAAGCAAUAACAAUGAGCAGAAUUAAGGAGAGUCCAUUUUAUUAUUGCUGCAACUCUUAAAGUCGCCACAAAUCCUUUAUACAUUCUUACUCAAAGUAAAUUCCUUAUAAAUAGUAACUUUUUUAAAUUUCUAAUCAUACACUGUAAUAAAAUCGAG